AUGAAACCUUUUGAUUGCGUAUUAUCAUUGCCACAGCCAUUGAAAGCGCCCAAAAAAGCUGCAAAGGAAGAAGAUCAAGAUGACAAGGACUACAAAGCUAAACAAAAAGCCGAAGCCGAAGCUUUGAAAGCUUUCCAAGCAAAAGCUGCUGGAAAAGGUCCAUUGAUCACGACAGGAAUUAAGAAGUCCGGCAAGAAAUGA